UCCUUCUCUCCCCCCCUCUCACACUUCUCACAUCGAAAGCACACUGGGAAAAAGUUAAACUGAACUCCGGCUUUGCUUUCCUCAUUUGUGUACAGUGCGAUGCUAAUUUAAGCGAGGCCUUGGGUUUUCCGAUUGUCCGUCUUCAGCUACUGAGCUACUUUGCUCUGUGAUUGUGAGGUGAUAACUGGUGACCAAGGUGCACUGACUGAUAUAGUUUCCUCGAAUGAGCCAUAAAAAGAGAAGAGUUUCGGAAAAAAGUUUUUGAUUCCACACCAAGCCUGGUAGUUGACUCUAGAUGAGCUUCCCUGUAGUAAAUUAAAAAUGGAUCAAGGAAGGUCAAAUUCUAGAGUCCGAGGCUCAGGCUCAACACCAUCUGAGGAAUCUUCUCUGGAUCUUGAGAAAUACUGUUGCAAUCAUUCUUACCGUCCUUCAUUUAGUCCACCAUCACUUCAACCCCAUGCAUCAGCUGGUCAACAUUGUGAGAGUAGUGCUGCAUACUUUUCAUGGCCUUGUCGAAUAAAAGAUGAUGCUGAAGAGAGGGCAAAUUAUUUUGCUAACCUACAGAAAGGUGUCUUACCUGAAACACUUGGCCAAUUGCCAGAAGGUCAGCGAGCAAAUACCUUGCUGGAGCUCAUGACAAUAAGAGCAUUUCACAGCAAAAUCUUGCGUUGUUACAGUCUUGGCACAGCUAUUGGAUUUCGGAUUCGACGUGGUGUUUUGACAGACAUACCAGCAAUACUGGUUUUUGUAUCAAGGAAAGUUCACAAACAAUGGCUUAGUCCACUCCAGUGUCUACCAACUGCUUUGGAGGGACCAGGAGGCGUAUGGUGUGAUGUGGAUGUGGUGGAGUUUUCUUAUUUUGGUGCUCCAGAGCCUACACCCAAGGAACAGUUGUACACUGAAAUUGUUGAUGAUCUGCGUGGGAGUGAUCCAUGUAUAGGCUCUGGUUCUCAGGUUGCGAAUCAGGAAACUUAUGGAACCUUGGGUGCUAUUGUGAGGAGCCAAACAGGUAACAGACAAGUUGGUUUCCUCACAAAUCGGCAUGUAGCAGUUGAUUUGGAUUACCCAAAUCAGAAGAUGUUUCAUCCUUUACCUCCGACGCUUGGACCGGGGGUUUAUCUUGGUGCAGUUGAAAGAGCAACUUCAUUCAUCAGAGAUGACUUGUGGUUCGGGAUAUUUGCGGGCAUUAAUCCAGAGACAUUUGUAAGAGCAGAUGGUGCCUUUAUCCCAUUCGCUGAUGAUUUUGACAUGACUGCUGUAACCACAUCUGUGAAAGGGAUAGGAGAGAUUGGAAAUGUCAAAACUAUAGACUUACAAUCUCCAAUCGACAGUCUUGUGGGGAAGCAAGUGAUGAAGGUUGGAAGAAGUUCUGGUUUGACUACUGGAACUGUAUUGGCAUAUGCUCUUGAGUACAAUGAUGAAAAGGGGAUAUGUUUUUUGACCGAUUUUCUUGUUGUUGGUGAGAACCAACAAACUUUUGAUCUUGAAGGGGACAGUGGAAGUCUCAUCAUAUUAAAGGGUGGAAAUGGAGAGAAGCCUCGGCCGAUCGGAAUAAUCUGGGGUGGAACUGCCAAUAGAGGCCGUCUUAAGCUAAAAGUUGGUCAGCCUCCAGAAAACUGGACUAGUGGUGUUGAUCUUGGCCGCCUGCUCAAUUUCCUUGAACUUGAUCUGAUCACUUCGGAUGAAGCACUGAGAGUUGCAGUUCAAGAACAACGAGCUGCUUCCAUGACAGUGGUUGGGUCUAGUGCCGGGGACUCAUCGCCUCCAGAUGUAAUGCUUCCAAAGGACAAAUCUGAACCUUUGGGUCUUCACAUCCAGCACAUCCCUUUGGAAGAUGGUGUAGGCGGACCAGACAUAAACUCAUCUCCCACAGAAGGUGCAUUCGAUUUGGACGAUGGGGUGAAUGCAGGUCCGAGUUUUGAACAUCAGUUCAUUCCCAGCUUCAACGAGAAGCCGAUAAUGCAUCAUGAUGAUAAGCAAGAUAAGUUGGAAUCUGAGAAUCUCUCUGUACUGAGGAAUGCCUGUGAGGAAGACCUCAGCUUUUCCUUGCAACUGGGCGAGAACGAGCCAAAGAGACGGAGAUCUGAACCUGCAGCUAAGGUGGAAGAACCAAACUGAACAUAACUUAGUUGCUUUCUUAUAUGAGUGAGCCAAUUCAGUUUGUGCUGUUGCUUGAGAUGAGAACUAUUGCUACUUUGCAUGUUAUGGUAGUUGCUUCUUGAUGUCAUUGCCCUUGCUUCUCAAGCUGAGGCAGAGGCAAACUUGUACUUCUAUUGUACAUUGCUUGGAUUGCGCAAUAUUUACUUCUCACUGUGAACAACUUUUGUUGUUUUCCUUACAUUUUAAACUGAGGCUAACAUGU